AUGCCCAUUCAACAACCACAACAAGCCGCUAGUUUAGCAACCUCCCAGCCACAAAUGACCGCUAGAAUCGACGAUAUUACGGCCUAUGGAGCACCGUGGUUAUUCUUGACUGCAGAGGAGGGACAGCAACUCCAGGAUCGAGGCCCACUAGCGGUCCGCCAGCCCGGCAAGGGUAAACCUAGGUGUAGAUCCAUGCCACCAGGAUUUAAAUUUAGGCACUCUGUGUCCGCGUCUCGCCAAAGCCUCCCGAAUUCUCCUAAGUUUGAGUUUCGGUAUGGGUCAAAUACUCCGUCAAACCAAGUCGAAGGUAGACCCAAGAGCUCCAAUUGGCUGCUUCCCCCAAACCCAGGUCGUCAACUGAUCAGGAGCCCGUCUGCGAUCAGCUCCAGCCAACACUUCACCAGCGAAGGAACAGCGUCAGCCAGUAGUCAUAGAGAGGCUUUGAACACAGCCGAGCGUAGCCUCUCGAAGAUCUCUAGAGAGCUAAAGACGCUUGACAUAAAUAAAAGCCAAGCAAAGGAUCUUUUCUCGAGCUUGGCCAAGCACAAGGAAGAUAUCCUUGCCAUGAACAAAGAUCAGCGCAAAAGUCUGGCAGGCUUGACUAUUGGGCGUGAUAAUGUUGGUCUCAUUCGCUUCAAAGUCCCAGUCGAUCUUACAAACAUUGAUCUUGAAGGUUUGCUUGGUGGUCUUGUCAUACUUGAAACUCGAUCGGCAACGGUGUACCCCGAUUCGGUUGGGAACAAACCUCCUAUUGGCAAGGGCUUGAAUGUUCCUGCCUUAAUUUCGUUGGAACAUUCGUGGCCUCGACGGUGGAUGAGAGGAAGGGGUCAGCCAGAGGUGGAGACGGGGCCCCAGCUGACAAGCCAUAUCGAGCGUCUCAAGAACGUUGAGGGAACCAGGUUUGAGAGUUACAGCGAGGAAGACGGGGUCUGGACUUUUUCAGUGAAUCACUUCUCGACUUAUAUCCAAGUCACAUACAAGGAUGGAAACUGGACUUGGGUCCCCACUUAA